CAGCCUCCAUGAGAUCAUAAUUUUAAAUGCACCACAAACACUCUGAACCCCAGCUAUUUACGGACUAUUAGAUACGGAUACAACCCAAGGAAGGAUUAUGGCUUCAGAAGAGAUGGAGUUAAAUGGAGAUGCUACCAGAGGUGAUUCAAUAGAGCAUCCUCAGCGGAACCGCUGGUCAAGGAACACCCCAAUUAACAUGAACCAUUACGCCAAUAAGAAGAGUGCAGCGGAGAGCAUGCUGGAUAUAGCCCUGCUGAUGGCCAACGCAUCCCAGCUGAAGACCGUCGUGGAGCUGGGCCCCACGUUCUCUUUCUACACCCCUCUCAUCAGCCUCAUCAGCAUCUCCCUCAUCCUGCAGAUCCUAGUGGGGGUCUUGCUCAUCUUCAUAGUGAAGUGGAAUCUGAAUGACUCGAGUAAACACUUCAUACUGAAUCUUCUGGAGAACAUCGUCACAGCUCUCGUGUUUAUCAUCGUAGUAGUAAAUGUUUUCAUCACAGCAUUCGGCGUCCAAAGACCAGAUGAGAACAACUCUUAACAGGAAAUGCUACUCAGGGUUUCCUACGGGUGGACAUUUAUUAUCAAAUAUCAAAUGUAGUCAUGAAAUACUCAAAUGUGCCUCUAUGUAAGUAUGCCUAAUGUUUUACAUGAAGAAACUUUGUUUUUAGUCACAGAAAUGAGGUGAUAAAAGGUUAGAUCAUAUAACUUGUGGAUUCAAUUACAAUUAAUUGUUAUAUGGGUAAUUGUUUAAUUUCAUAAUGCACAGUAAUGAUAAAAUUGGAAGAAAAUAUCUAAUAGAAUCAUUACUUUAUGACUUGUCCCAAAGAAUGGUCCAUGUGAUACCUUAAAUCCUGAAAUGAACAGUAACACCUCACCUCACAUGUAGCCUUCACACUGUCUACCUGAUAUAGUCACCACUCACUGUAUUGGCGGCCUAUUGAGAGGAAAUAUAUAAAUACAUUUAUGUGUGGUUAAACACAACAACUCUCUCGCACAGCACGUUUGGGUUUGUCUUACCUUUAGAGGCCUUGCUGCAUGAUUAUGAAAGUAAGGUUAGAGGUCAAAAAAGUCUGAAAACAAGGCACUUGCCGUUCAAACUGAUUCUUAAUCUAUAAAUGCAGUUUGUCCAGAAAGGAUCUUUUCUCACUACACUGAAUAUAAAUGAUAAUUGAAUAUAUAUGAUAUUAAAUAUAGCACCUUUUAUUUUAUCAGUCACCCCAAAAAAAUCAUAGCUAGCUUUGUUGUUGUUCAAUUUGUUAGCCGAAUGCAUGUCGUCUGUCUGCAUUGACUAUAUAAGAGCGCCCUCUACUGACUAGGAUCUACAAUGUCCUUUUCUUUCAGAAAUGUAAUGUUGUUUGGUGUUUUCAUAUUUGUUGUGAUUAUUCACGAUCCAAUGCAAUGUUUUUAUAUUUCUUGAACUUUUUGUACAUUUUAUAUGGAUAUCGUUUAAAUAAAAGACCAAAGAUGUUUUUCAUUUUUAGAUAACA